UCGAAAAAAAAAUGUGGGAGUAGAUUACUCCGUCUGUGUCUUCCUUUCUCGAUUGUUGUUGCACUGUAGGCUAGAUAAAUUUCUCUCGGCCUACUCAAGAUUUCUAAUGUAAUCUCAGGUCAGGUGACUGACUGCUCGACAUACCGUGAUCGGUAACAGCAGGUUUUCUCCAUUGACGUGUAAAUUUGGAUGUAGCUAAUAUCAAAGGCUACACUUACGUUUGUUCGAGUUUAGAGUGUCGAGAGAACAAGAGGAAGACUGCAAGUAGUUCACCACUGUCCGUUCUGCUGGUGGCCAGAGAUUUGUUUACAAAAUUACAAUCGGUUGUUUCCAGUCUCGCUGUCCGUUAAACUGGAACUUUGUCAGCUCUGUAUGUAAAGAAAGUCAACAAGAUGUCUGGUCAAGGGGAAACGCCUCUGAAUAUGGAACAUAGAGAUGCAGUAACAAGAGGCCUAGUGGACCUGUUGAAACCUGCUGUUGAUGAAAUUGAUGACCGAGUCAAGAGUGUCAGGCAAAGCCAAGUGGAGCUAAGACAGCAGAUUGACAGUCUGUGUGAUGAUUUGAAAAAAAUUGCAGAAAGUGACCCAGUACCCAUGGAAUUGGAGCCGUACGUGAAGAAACUGAACAGCUCUCGUCGACGGGUCAUGCUGGUCAACAGUAUUCUGCAGAAUGUGCAAGACAGACUGAAUAAACUACACAAUAACAUCUCUAAAGAGACAGCGCGCAGAAAGACAAUGCUUGAUCCAUCAUCACCCACACAUCAGAAGUGAUGAAAUGAAAUUUUGUACAUUUCAAACUAAAGUGCAAUGGACCAUUGAAAGCUAUUCCUUCGCCAUUCUUCUCAGAUAGAAAUUAGUGCAUUGUUGUACAUGAAGUUGUGAGAGAUGUGAAAAUGUCAUAGAUGUUUUGCUGCUUGUAAUUGUAAAAGAGGCACAAGUGUUUGUGAUGACUAUUUUGUGUUGCUUCCAAAUGUAGAUAUAUAUAUAUAUAUAAUUUUUUAUUUGAGUUUGAGUCAGUUGUAUAGAACAUUUUGCGUGGAGGCUUUGGAAAACCAGAGAAAAGAUGGGCUUGUCAAUUUUGGGUCACAUGUCAAAAAUGAAAAAUUUCAGGAUGUGGGUCAAAAAUGGUCAAUUUCAUUUUAGGAUGUAAAGAACAAAAAUAGUCAAUUUCAGGUCCAAGGUAGACAUAUAAAUUUUAUUUUUUUAUUUUAAAGGCUCAAUUUAGGGGGAGGGGGGAAUGAGUUUGCAAAGCUGAGAUCAUUUAUAGCUUACAUCAUGUUGAAGCUACAUUCCAAGUGAGAGUUUGUGCAGAAAGUGGAAGUGAUUGUGCAAUUGAGAGGUCGUCUGCUCAGAACUAUUUUGUCCAAAGUGCCUCUUUAUUUAAGUAUACUCAGGACCACAUAGUUCUGAGGUGACGGGGUGAGAAGAGUUUCAUUAUUUUAGCUGUUUUUGAUCAUUGUCCGGUCAUGACACAAUUGCUUGAGUCCUUUUUGUUCAGGUUUCUGUAUGGGAAAAAUGCCAAGUACUGGUAUCUUUUGUUCAGUAUAGUAAGUAGGCUUUUGUUUUGUGAACUUGAAAUUCAUGUAUUCAAACAAUUUCACUUUUGCUCAAGUCCUAAAGUUGACUUACUGUUAUUUUAUUGAAAUAAGUUUUCUCAAAGAAAUUAUGAAAAAAAAUGACUCGAGCAAUUUUGUGUUCAGGCCAUAAAGAAGUGUUCUUUUUUGAUUGGAUAAAGCUUUUUUUCUGGUUAUCUGGUGCUAUUUUAGUGAUAAUAGUUUCAUCGUGGUCAUUGGAUGUUACUCAAAGUUGCUGAGGGAUGUGUUGUCGCAACUUGUGUGACGUUAGUGAGGGAGAUUUUUUUAUGAGUCGUGUAACGGUAACGAGGGAGGUGUUGUGGCGAGUGAUGUUGUUACUGUUGUUACGGUAACAAGGGAGGUGUUGUGGCGAGUGAUGUUGUUACUGUUGUUACGGUAGCGAGGGAGAUGUUGUGGUGAGUGAUGUUGUUACUAUUGUUACGGUAGCGAGGGAUGUUGUUACUGUUGUUACAGUAACGAAGGAGAUGUUGUGGCGAGUGAAGUUGUUACUGUUGUUACGGUAACGAGGGAGGUGUUGUAGCGAGUGUUACUGUUACGGUAGCGAAGGAGGUGUUGUUACUGUGACGGUAUUUGUAUAUUUACCUUUUUAUUUAUUUUAAGUUUAAGCUCCUCUUUUUGAGACUGGGCGACCAUCGUGUGGCCAAGUUCUUCCUCAUCUCUCUAUUGAGGAUUCAUUUGGUUUGCUCCUAGUUAGCUGGUGGUCCACUGGUAGGUCCUACUUCUUUCUUGCCCUCCUCUUGUAAUUUCUAUCUGUCUGUCUAUCUUGCUACUUCUCUGCUCUAAACAAAGGUUAUCCUGCCGAUGUUUUUUUUUCUUUACCCAAACUGGUUUGCUCUCCGGAGCUGACUGCUGCCUCCUUUAUUGUCACCUCUAAUAGCACUAGGACAUUUCUGUGACUUAAUAACGCUGACUAUAUGGCAAUAAAUCUGUGUGUUGCACAUCAUAGUGUUCAGUUCACUCAACAUUUUAAACACCAGUAAUGUUGACGUGAUGGAGGCAACACAAUCGUUCAUCUUUGGGUAGACACAAUGUGGAUCCCGGGGGACGCAGAGAAAUUUGUAAAACAUUUGCUAUAUAUAUAUAUAUAUAUGUGUAUUCAAAUAUUUGCUUUUCUCCCCCCCCCCCCCCAUUAAAUGGUUUAGAGUACAAACAGAGUGAGCCCGUUGGCGUUCCAGCGUUAAAAAAACUGGUUGUCACUGUAACAGUGAUGUACUUGUUUACACCCACCCGUGCCUGUUCCAGCUCUGUCGGGAUAGAUAGAGACGUGUUGUUUUAGAAGGUGAAGAUAGCGGGUUCAUAGAAUCCACCAACGGAAAGAGACCUACAGGGAGUUCCACCUCCUUGUAGGUGGAAGUUUUGAAUGACGAGAAGUGCCUAUCUUACAUUUGAAUGAAACCAAGAGGGGAAACAAAUUUUCGAAAACCUACUAUGAAAACUGAUUAAAACUGAAUAAUCAUCACCUCCUUUAUCAGAAAGAACCUGCCUUUUUCUUACAACCUCUAUCAAAGCUUCCACCUCCAUCUUCUUAUUCGUUGCUUGAAGAAAGAAAGAAAAAAAUGUUUCCACGCUUACCGAAAUUUAGUGCAACACUGAAAAAAAAUUAAAACUCCAGCGAAACAACAGGUGUGGUACAGGUUCACCCUGGGUUUUAAAAUGGCUCCACUCCAACCGGUGCAUAGCAACUUGUAUUACUUCAAAUUGAGACCUGUCAUAUCGCUGGAAAAAAAAUGGCAACGGGCCAACUCUGUACUCUUACGGAGGGCCAACUCUGUACUCUUACGGAGGGCCAACUCUGUACUCUUACGCAGGUCUUUUUUUUUUCUUCAUAAAUAUCAUGUACAAGUAAAUAAUGCUCACAAAUAUUUGUGUUAUAUUGUCAUUCAAGUUGAAAUACAAAGAUCGAGAGAUUUGAA